UCCAGAUGGCGAAAACCGGGCUGUUUUCCCUUCUCUAUCCUUUGUUACUUGCAGCCCUUGUGCUCAACUGCCACUGCCUAGAAAGAAAGCUUCAUGUUGUCUACAUGGGAGAUAAACCUCAAGAAGGACUAUCAGUUGCUUCCAAGCAUCAUGGGAUGUUGCAUAGAGUACUUGGAAGUGCUUCGGCAGCUAAAGACUCACUAGUCCACAGCUAUGGAAGAAGUUUCAAUGGAUUUGCAGCAAAGCUCACUGCUGAGGAAGCCGCCAGAAUUUCAGAAAUGGAAGGAGUGGUUUCAGUCAAUCCAAGCCGCAAGCACAAGCUUCACACAACGAGGUCUUGGGAUUUCUUGAAUCUCACCACUGACAAGCUCGGAGCAGCACCUGAAUCAGAUGUUGUCAUCGGCCUCCUUGACACUGGAGUCUGGCCAGAGCAUCCGAGUUUCAACGACUCCGGCUUCACUUCUCCACCAACUAAAUGGAAGGGAGCAUGCACAGGAGCAAACUUCACUUGCAAUAAUAAGAUCAUUGGAGCAAGAUUCUAUCACAGCGGCGACGAUUACUAUGAAGGAGAAGUCCCUUCACCAAGAGACACAGAAGGACACGGAACACACACAGCAUCAACUGCUGCAGGGGUUGAGGUUGAUGCAAGCUACUUUGGUGUAGCAGCAGGAAAAGCCCGAGGAGGUGUCCCGAAUUCACGGAUUGCAGUGUACAAAGUCUGCUGGAUGGAUGGGUGCGGUGAUGCAGACAUCCUUAAAGCCUUUGAUGAUGCAAUCGCAGAUGGAGUGGAUGUCAUCUCCGUUUCAUUGGGAGCGGGCUGGCCUCUUGAUUACUUUGACGACUGUAUCGCCAUUGGAUCCUUCCACGCCAUGAAGAAUGGAAUUCUCACAUCAAACUCCGCUGGAAAUUCUGGUCCUUUCCCUGUGUCAGUUUCGAACUAUUCACCAUGGAGUCUCACAGUUGCUGCUAGCACCAUUGACAGAAAAUUAGUUGCCAGAGUGCAACUCGGAAAUGGCCAAAUCUUCACUGGAAUCAACAUCAAUACCUUUGAGCUCAAUGGGACUACGUACCCUCUGAUAUGGGGAGGAGAUGCUGCCAACUACACUGUCGGUGCCAAUCCAGAAAUCGCCGGCUGGUGCCUAACCGGAGCCAUGAAUGCUGAUAUAGUGUCUGGUAAAAUUGUGUACUGUGACACAAUCUGGGAUGGUUCUGGUGUUCUUCUAGCUAAUGGUGUCGGAAACAUCAUGUCCGAUGUAAACGUUGAAAACCUCGACGUUGCCUUCAGCUGGCCUCUGCCAACUGCACUCGUCUGCCCCUCAGAAGGGAAGAGCGUUCUUGAAUACAUCAGAAGCACAGAGAAACCCAUAGCAACCAUUUUCUUCACUGAUGCAUGGAAAGACGCCAUGGCUCCCGAUGUUGUUUCGUUUUCUUCCAGAGGGCCGAGCCCCAUCUCUCCAGACAUUCUCAAGCCUGACAUCACAGCACCUGGUGUGGACAUUCUGGCUGGAUGGUCUCCUCUAUCACCAUCAUCAAUCUACUAUGGCGACACGAGAAGCACACUCUUCAACAUCAUUUCUGGCACUUCCAUGUCUUGCCCUCAUGCCAGUGGCUCUGCUGCCUACGUCAAAGCUGCUCACCCCAAAUGGUCGCCGGCUGCCAUUAAAUCAGCCCUCAUGACUACAGCUUAUGUCAUGGACCCGUCUAAAAGUGAGGAUCUUGAAUUCGCGUAUGGUUCGGGCCAGAUCAACCCAGCUGCUGCAGUCGACCCUGGACUUGUAUUCGAUGCAUCAGAAGCAGACUACGUCAACUUCCUCUGCAAACAGGGAUACAACAGUUCCACUCUGAGGCUAGUCACAGGAGAUAACAGCACUUGCGAUGGUAUAAUACCUGGAAGGGCAUGGGAUCUCAACUACCCUUCAUUCUCACUAUAUGUUGAAGACAACCAGCCGAUUGCCGCCACCUUCACCAGAAAAGUAACCAACGUUGGUGCAGCAAACUCAACCUACGCUGCUAUCUACGAUAUAGGAGCAUUGUUCGGCACGCCAACACAACAUCUGUUUAACAUUACAAUUGAACCCUCUGUCCUAAAAUUCUCAGCAGUUGGAGAAACCCAAACAUUCACAGUUAAUGUCACUGGACCAGCCAUUUCACAGCAGCCAAUCACCUCAACUGCGAUCUUUUGGGUGGAGGAAAAUGGGACGCAUAGGGUCAGGACGCCACUUGCUGUCUACAACUACAUUCCCGGCGCUCCUUACAAUCUUGAGGAUGAUUCGGUAUCUGCAUCUCCUCGCCGUUCUUCUGUGUACCAGAAAGUUGGAGGCAUUGCAAAUCGCAAACCACUUCCAUAAUUCUGUUGGGGAAGACUCAUCAAUUGGAGGGCAGCACCAAGACUAAGCUGCACAUUUUCUGAUUAAAUGCAUCAAUAAUGAUCUGUUACCUGGGGAUGAGUCCUUGAACGUAGCCAAGCUGCACUCAAGGCCACCAGGGUGUUAGAUUGUGUUUUCAUUUUAGGGCAACAAGAAAGGGGCUGUUCAGUCCCAUGUCUCGAGCAGCCAAGCUGUUUCCACUUGUAUUAAAUAAAACAGUUGUCUAAAUUCAAGCACAGACUGGUUGAAUACUCUCUCUUCCUUGUCUAUUUGAUUGCAAUAAACUUUAGAAAACCAUUAAAUCAGCCCUCAUGACUACAGGUGAAGUGACUCGCCUUAUCUACGUCUAAUACUAUCAAACAAUGUGGAAAAGUAUUGUUCAUGAUAAUCUUCCUUGGUUAUCAGUUUAUGUCAUGGACCCGACAAAAAGUGAGGAUCUUGAAUUUGCGUAUGGUUCGGGUCAGAUCAACCCAGCUGCUGCAGUCGAUCUUGGACUUGUAUUCGAUGCAUCAGAAGCAGACUACGUCAACUUCCUCUGCAAACAGGGAUACAACAGUUCCACUCUCAGGUUAGUGACAGGAGACAACAGUACCUGCAACGGUAUAUCACCUGGAAGAGCAUGGGAUCUCAACUACCCCUCAUUCUCACUGUAUGUCGAAGAUGGCCAGCAGAUUGAUGCCACCUUCACCAGAAAAGUGACUAAUGUUGGAGCAGCAAACUCAACCUACGUUGCUUUCACCAACCCAGGAGGACUCUUUGGCGCUCCAGGGCCAUCACUAUUCAAUGUUACAGUUGAGCCCACCACCCUAUAAU